AUGAAUCAACUUAGCUGCAUUGCUGGUCAAGUUGCAACAAAGGAAAGAGAUGAUUCAUCAUUUUUUCAUCAUAGAAGGAAACUUUUAAACCUUAAUUGGGAAACAGAACCCACAAAAGUAUCAAUCUUUAUCCAACCAGGACUUCCAGAGACAGAAGAGAACUUAGAAAUGCUUAAAGACUUUCUGAAUCAAUUCAAAAUUCAGUAUGAAGUGGAUAAAUAUACAAAUAGUGAUUUUAUUAUCCUUAUUGGAACUGAUGGAAUCAAUCUUACUGUGUCGUCAUUAUUUCAAGAAAGAGAAACACCGCCAAUUCUUUCACUUACUCCUUCACGUAAAGGAUUCAUAUCGGUUUUGGACUUUUGCCAAUAUAAUUUAAUCAUUUCACAAAUUUUACGCGGAAAUUGUUGGCUUUUACCAAGAUGUCGACUUGUUGUAGAUUAUUAUAGUCUGGAAGGUCUCCAGCACUUUACAGUUUUAAACGAUCUAGUUGUUAAUAGAGAUCAUACAUCUGGCUCUCUCGCAAUUAACUGCAGUUCAUGUGGAUUUGGUUUUUCUCAGAUAGUUGGUGAUGGUGUGAUCAUUGCCACUCCAACAGGAUCAACAGCUUACAAUAAAGGUGCUGGAGGAGCUCUAGUUCAUCAGCUUCUACCUGUAUUCAUGUUAACUCCAAUUGUCGCACUAUCUUUAAGCUGUAGACCUAUUCUUUUCCCACAAUCUGCUGAUUUAACAAUUUCAUUAGAUGAAGAACAUGAUAAAAUGCAAUCACACGUAGCUUAUUUGACGUUAGAUGGUAGAGUGCAGCGACUUUUCAAGAAAGGAGAGAAACUUGUUGUUUCUAUUUCUCCCCACUACUAUAAUUCGAUUACCAUGUCAAAGUCUAUUGCUGAAUGGCCGGGCAGGCUUGCAGGACUUAUGGGAUGGAGUGAAAGAAAGCAUCAAAAAGCUCUUCCUUCAGAAAAUUUACCAAAAUAA